AUGUUUUAUCAAUAUUCAUUAAAGUUUAUUAAUACUUUUACUAAAUUUUAUUUUAAUGGUUUUACUCAACCAUUAUACAAGUUUAAAACAUUGCAGUUUAAAUUUCAGAAGGAAAUAUAUACAUUAGCAACACAAUGUUAUUGUGAACAUAACCCAUCUGUAAUUGUAGCUAAAAAAUAUGAUGCAAUAUAUGAAGAAAAAUUAAACACAAUUCUGCAAGAUCCAUAUUAUAAAGCUCUGUAUGACAAAUACAAAUUAGAAAUCAUGUAUAUUAAAUAUAGUUCACAGAAUGUACCCCAGAAUAUACGACCAUAUAAUUGGUUACGUUUAUUACAGACAAAAUCAAAAGGAGAAAGAAGAGCAUAUUUAACUUUUCUCUGGAAACUAGAAAUGCAUGAGGAAAAUAAGAAAUUGAAAAAGCUUAAACGUCAAAAUCUAGUAGAAAAUAAUGACAGUUGUUAUGGAUUAGGAAAAUAUUCAUUAUUUUACCGCAUACGUAAACCUACAAUGAGUCACUUUUAUAAUAGUAAACUAAUAAGUGCUAUAUUAUUUAACCCAAUAUUAGUGAUGGAUGUUGGUUAUGAUGAAUAUAUGACACCACAUGAGCAAGAAAAUUGUGCAAAACAAUUACUACUUACAUUUUCAUUAAAUCGGCAACAUAUUUUCCCUUUUAAUCUUUAUUUUUGUAAUGUUACCAAACAGAGUUUUACAAUGCAAAAAAUACACAGAACAUUGCCAAAUCUGUUUGAACCAGACUUCCCAAUAAAUGUAACAUCAAAAUCUUAUCUAGACUUAUUUGAUAAAAAAAAAUUAGUUUAUCUUAGUCCUAAUGCACAAGAGACUAUGCAACACUUUGAUAAUAAUUUAAUAUAUAUAAUUGGUGCAAUGGUAGAUAAGUUUACUCAACCAUUAUACAAGUUUAAAACAUUGCAGUUUAAAUUUCAGAAGGAAAUAUAUACAUUAGCAACACAAUGUUAUUGUGAACAUAACCCAUCUGUAAUUGUAGCUAAAAAAUAUGAUGCAAUAUAUGAAGAAAAAUUAAACACAAUUCUGCAAGAUCCAUAUUAUAAAGCUCUGUAUGACAAAUACAAAUUAGAAAUCAUGUAUAUUAAAUAUAGUUCACAGAAUGUACCCCAGAAUAUACGACCAUAUAAUUGGUUACGUUUAUUACAGACAAAAUCAAAAGGAGAAAGAAGAGCAUAUUUAACUUUUCUCUGGAAACUAGAAAUGCAUGAGGAAAAUAAGAAAUUGAAAAAGCUUAAACGUCAAAAUCUAGUAGAAAAUAAUGACAGUUGUUAUGGAUUAGGAAAAUAUUCAUUAUUUUACCGCAUACGUAAACCUACAAUGAGUCACUUUUAUAAUAGUAAACUAAUAAGUGCUAUAUUAUUUAACCCAAUAUUAGUGAUGGAUGUUGGUUAUGAUGAAUAUAUGACACCACAUGAGCAAGAAAAUUGUGCAAAACAAUUACUACUUACAUUUUCAUUAAAUCGGCAACAUAUUUUCCCUUUUAAUCUUUAUUUUUGUAAUGUUACCAAACAGAGUUUUACAAUGCAAAAAAUACACAGAACAUUGCCAAAUCUGUUUGAACCAGACUUCCCAAUAAAUGUAACAUCAAAAUCUUAUCUAGACUUAUUUGAUAAAAAAAAAUUAGUUUAUCUUAGUCCUAAUGCACAAGAGACUAUGCAACACUUUGAUAAUAAUUUAAUAUAUAUAAUUGGUGCAAUGGUAGAUAAGCAUGCAGUUAAACCAUAUUCAUUUCAAAAAGCUAAUAAGGAAGGUAUUAGAAUGAUGAAAUUACCUUUAAAUGAGAAAUUAGAAUGGGGUACAGGAUCUUCUAAAAAUCUUCCUAUUAAUCAAGUUGCUUCCAUUCUGUUAGAUAUAAAUCAUAGUAAUAAUUGGGAUGUGGCAUUUAAAAAUAUACCACAACGAAAAUUGAAGAAAUCAAGAGAACAUGCUUCAAUGAGACAAGUUGCUCUUAAAAAUAAAGAAUUCCAUAUUUUAAAGUGA